AUGCACAUUUAUGUACGAAACUUAUUCGACUUGGCCUUUUUUAUGUUUUGUUUGAAUUUCGUUUCCAUCAUUUCUAUAGCGUUUUUUUUUUUAUUUCUCUUUUCUUUUUUCUCUCUCUCUCUCUCUCUCUCUCCCGCCCUGCGAUCCCUUUCUCUCUCUUGCUCUCGAUUUUCUUUACUGCCAUUCUUCUGUUACGCUCCCUAUUUCCCAUCUGUUUCUUUCCCUCCUUACCUCUCAUCGCACUGGCUCACUACUUUCCUCCCACGCCUAUAUUUUCCUUCUCUACCUCCUCAUUUGCCCCAUUCUUUCCUUACCUCCCCAUCCGGUACUAUAUUCAUCCAUCUCCCCUCGUUUUCAUUUCUGCCCAUCCCAUCCUAUCCCUCUCCACAUCGAUCUUCUUGCAAAGACUUAUCUCUCCUCGAUAUGCGUGAAGUAAAACUGUUUAAACUUAAAGAACAAAUGUCCUCCCCUCUUUAUUCUUUCUUCUCUUGA